CUCUGCGACGUUUGUGGGUUAAAGUUAGGGCGGGGACACAGCUCAACAGAGCCCCGGAACAUGAACUAAAUAUGGGCAUGCGCUGACCUGGUGGGCCUCCCAUCGCUAUAUGCAGAUUCAGGGCUGUCUGUGCUAGGAAGCUGAAUGUAGGCUAUACUUCUGGGGCCAUAGUUUAGCCUACAGCUUCACAAAUGUUGUGGAUACAUGAAUUCCACGGUUGCAUCGAAUGAUUAAGUUACUGUGUAGGAACAUCGUUUCUGUGCCGUUUUUACUUCCUUGUUUAUUUUCUUUAAACGACCGUUUGAUGCAGUUCGCCUUUUUCUGGAAUCCAAAGCCGUAUGACGUCCUAAUAGCCUACAUUUUUGCGAGUUUUUUGGGCUGAUCAAAAAUGGAGGUCUUCGAUGGGGCUGACCGUGGAGAGAAUGUUUUAGACUUGUCUCGCCUGAAUCUGGACAGUUUGAGUUUGGAUAAUAUAAGCGAAGAGAGAAGGAAAGACACCAAGCAGCUGUACUUGACUUACAACCGACUGACAGUGUUGCCGGAGCAUGUCUGUCUGUUCGCGAACCUUGAGUUUAUAGAUAUCAGCAAUAAUGGACUCUCGGUUAUAUGUGAAGAAAUGGCUAGGUUGAACAAGCUAAAAACGCUCCUAGCGAAGAACAAUCGUCUGGACGAGUUUUCGCUACCCAAGGAUUUCGGUUCCAUGCAAAUCGAAGUGUUAAAUUUAAGUGGAAACAGAUUUGAGGAGCUGCCGACCCAGUGUCUGAAAUUGCAGCGACUGAAGUCCCUUUCGGUUGGGGGAAACAGACUCAAAGCAAUCCCGGCAGAAAUAGAAGAUUUAACAAGUCUGGAGCUGCUGUAUCUUGGCGGUAACCUCAUCAGCGCCAUCCCCCCCGAGCUGGCCAACCUGCCGUUCCUCUCCUACCUGGUUCUGUGUGACAACCGCAUCCAGAGUGUUCCGCCCCAGCUCGCCAGGCUCUACUCCCUGCGCUCCCUGAGCCUCCACAACAACCUGCUCACCUACCUGCCUCGCGAGAUCCUCAGCCUGGUGCACCUGCAGGAGCUCAGUCUCCGCGGCAACCCCUUGGUGGUGCGGUUCGUCAAGGACAUGACCUACGACCCCCCGUCGCUGCUGGAGCUGGCCGGACGCACCAUCAAGUCCCGAAACCUGGCGUACUGCUCCCUGGACCUGCCGCCCCACCUGCGCCACUACCUGGACCUGGCCAGCAAGUGCCCCAACCCCAAAUGUGCAGGCGUGUACUUUGACUCGUGCGUGCGGCACAUCAAGUUUGUGGACUUCUGCGGGAAGUACCGGCUCCCGCUCAUGCACUACCUGUGUUCCCCAGAAUGCACCUCUCCCUGCAGCUCCAACCCGCAGAGCGACGCCGACUCGGAGGACGAGAACAGCGUGCCCGCCGACCGGCUGCAGAGGGUGCUGCUGGGAUAGGAAAGAGGCGGGGCCUCAAACCAUCCAAUCACGUCAAAGGGGGGGCGUGUCUGGUCCUCCCACGACAGUGCCGUUGUAACACACGCCCCCCUGUUCAGAGUCUGUGUAUCUCUUGGGGCUGAUAACACUAACGUUCUAAUGAGCUGUAUUAAUUCAUAGUGCAAACACAGAUCUAUUACUGCCUAGGGGCGUUCUUUUUUUUUUUUUUUUAAAUGAAAUUAUUUUUUUUGUUUUUCUAAUACAGUCAGAUUAUUUAUUGCAUUUAAAAAAAAAAAAACUAGCAUCUGGUAGAGUAACGUAAGAUCUUAAAGCUCAGGGUAAGGUGGGGAGUAGAGCUGUUCGCAGGACAGUGUGAUCGAGGCACUGCCUGGCCUCCCCACUGUCACUGUGUCCAACACCUUACACGAAGUAUGGAGGGAUAUGAAAAGAACAAAUAUAUAUUAGUGCCUUAUUAUAAUAAUAAUAAUAAUAUAUUAGCCCCAGGGGGACCUGUAUAUGCUGGCUCCACUCAGGUUCCUCGCCUAAAUGAAGUUUCAGACGUGGCAUUUUUUUAUUUAUUUCCUUUGCCGGAGCCUUAAAAAGUGUGACUCCACACAUGCUGGCUGUUUUAGGCAUUUCUGUCCGAACCACUGUGUGUUUACUGAAGUACUUCCCCACUGAAGGGUGAAAGGUCCAGAGUCCUCCUGUGAUCUGAACCUGCUGAAGCCCGAGUCCCUAAACACUACAUUACCCAGAACCACACUCUACAUUCUUUUUCCUUUGCAAGCUUUUUUUUUUUUUUUUUUUUUAAGAGCCAGUAAUAAGAGGUAAAAUUUCCCUGUUUUGCAAUGCCUGCAUAUUCAUUGAAUGG